UCUAUAAACUAUAUAUUUAUAUAUGGUUUGUAGACUGCACGUCAAUGGUUGGAAAAGUUUUGUGGUCAGCUGAUCGUUGGUCAAAUAACCUUACCAGGUUUGAGAUUCAGGUUAAAAUAUUUUGUUUCGUCAUGCAUGAAACAUUGUCAACAAAUAAUAAUAAUAAAUUAAAAUAAAUCAAAAACACACAAUGUUUCGCAAUCGACGAGGAGUCGCGAAAGACUAUUGAGUCAUCGUGUCAGUGACACCUAUAUGCUCGAUUACAGCAACAUACAUAGAAAAAGAAUUGGGUUUAACACAUACACAUUUUAACACAUUAAAGUCAGUGAUUAUAUUCUGACGUAUGAACUGUUUUAUCAUUUAGCAGGUUGUUAGUCAGCAUUACUAACGCCUACCUAAGUUAUAUUAAUUCAUGAUAAAAUACUUUGAUUUACCUUUCUAGUACGUAGCAUUUAAGUAUCUUGGAAUUAGAGGAUACAGUUACAUGCAAAGUGGCGACCUACACCGAUUGUUUUCACAGUACUCAGUAAUGAAUUUCUUUUUCAGGUAGUUGAUCAAAUCACGGGUUCGUGCUAAUAUUGAAUAUAAUUACGUUCAAUGGAUUUUCCACUGGAACGUUUUUGAAUGAAAGUUGUCACACACACAAUUAUCGAGAAAUAAUUUUUAUUCGUAUAAUAAUUCUAGAUGGCCAUCUCUACAAUGCAACCGCUGCAUACAUACAUACAAGUUUUCACCGAUGCAUGUUUGUAGCGCACCAACAAUGGUGCCACCUAUAUCUUAUUAACACAACCAACAGUUUUCAAAUUGCUUUGAACGACGAAAACCGUACAACAACAUUUUUUUCGACCGUUUUUGCAGAAAAUUAAUUACAAAUAUAGUCCGUUGGGAAUGGCAUUAUUAUCUGAAACAACGUAAGAUAAAACUGCGAGCAAAAGAAGCAACCACAAAAGCACUGUCGUCGCAGUCUUUAAACUUUUAUGAACUGAUUAGAGUCGAAUACACGGAAGAAUGAAAAUGAACGGUGGCUUUGUGACAUCACAUAGUAUAAUCGCCGGACAAAAAAAUGCAGUGUGCCAUGAGAACUCUCCAUUGUUCUCCACAGUUCAAGAGUUCUAAACUAAGAAAGGAAUCAUUGGUGAGUUGGUUAUCCGGAAACAUGACGCGGGCUGUAAACGCGACCAAGCAAAUGCCACUAAGAGUGCAAUCGCAUUCUAUUUGUAUCUGGCACUUCUUUCUGUAUUUACCAUAAUUACUGUUUUAUCUUAUAUAUAUAUAGCUUAUUAAUUGUUCCGCGAGCGGCUAUAGAAACACUCAUGCAUGAGAGAAAAUAAUAAUUGCCCCUUAAGAGUUUAAGUAAGGGUGAUAUUUUGCUUCUCUGAACUGCGUGGAUGCUUUGAAUUAUAUUCAAUCGCACUGUGCGUUCUCCUCUUUUGCCCCUUUCUUCAUAAAGACGCGACAACCGGUUAAAUCUAUUGUCUUGAUGAUCUAUAUAUCACGAAACCGUCACGAAAUUCGGUAUUUGAACUGAAGUCUAUAGAAAGUAAUAUAGUGUUUAGCCGUUAUGCAUAUCUUAGUAAUCUUAGUCCUAAUUGUUUCACAAUCUGCCUUAUUUCCCUGUCUCCAAUGCGGUGUUAAUUAUAAAAAAUCGACAUCGCGAUUAAAUCUAACUCUUAGCAUAAAUUUCGAGCCUGCGUCUCUCUACAACAAAACAACUGUCGAACCGGAGCCUUUUGCACCUGUGCAAGCAACCAAGCCUACAUACAAGCUUUCUCUAUGUCCAAGAUGUAUUCAGCAACCUUGCAUAUUCGACAUGAAAAUCGUGGAAGAUUACAAAAAACAAAUAGCGGAUAUCGAAAGACGUCUAAGUCACCUUGAAGCCGGAGGAAUAGUGUUUGGUGAUUGUUGGUACUGGUUCAGCAGCUAUACAAUGAAUUGGGAUGCUGCAAAGGGGGAAUGUGAAAGCAAAGGUGCAAGACUUGCAACAGUUGGAGUUCGGGAUAACAACAUACGGUAUCACCUCGAAGGUAUCAUAAAAGAUCGUGGUGGUGGAUUUUAUUGGAUUGGUCUGAGUGAUAGAUGGAAUGAAAGUACCUGGAAAUGGUCUGACGGAAUUUUUUCUACCGGAUCGAAUACAUCAUGGAGGAAAGGAGAGCCGAACAACCACGGAGUAAAAGGAGAAGAUUGUGGAGCAUUGGAAACUGGGCUCAUUGACCAUUCCUGUGGAACGAUGUUCCGGGCAAUUUGCGAGAAAGAUAUUGUGUAAUUUAAAUUGGCAAUAAACCUCGCACGACGUUUUGUAGAUGCGAAUUGCUGUAUUUGAUGUAAUUUUUUUUGUUUUUAAUUUCUUUUUAGUUGUGUUUAUUAAAUGUGUCAGUAAAUUAUCCAAAGAUUUCACGACAGAGUAGAUAUUCCCUUUUAACCAAUUUAUAUUAUAUUAUAUUGGUGUUUAUAUAAUGGUGUAUAUCACUACAUGAUAUCAUCUUUAUUGUUGUUUGUAAUAUGCAUGAAUAUAACAUUAUACCCAGUUGGAUAAUCGGUAUCAAAUAUAUUUAUAAAUCUGUAAGGUCCACCAACUGGACCUACGCUUGUCUGCCUAUUUGUUUCCCGUUAUUGAAUACGCUGCCCGAUGACCGGGGUGUAUCUGGAAAUAACUACUCGUGUUCUUAUGUCACAGUUAGCUUAGCGGUCAUAGCAGGAGUAAAUGUUCUGUGGCAAAAGCUCGUGUCUAUGUAGACCCUCAGGCAUGCGAGUUACGUAGGAUUUACUGUCGGAAAAGACACGUGUUUUGUGGCUUGUGCAAUGGCAAUAAAAAGCUCAUAUUGUAGUAAAAGUCCUUGUAAUUUGUUUCCUCACUGAUCAUGCAAAUAAAAUUAAGAAUUAACCUUUGGGAGUAAAAUAUUCCAAUGCCUUAGAACUCCACUUGUUUUGUCUUCUAAGUCAUAGGUUUUUAAAGUGCUCCGUACGGAGCCCCAGGGCUCCGCGAGAGAAACCC